GCGAAAGCCGAAGCGUGGUUUCAAGCCGAUCGCGGGAUCGCGGCGUUUUACUGUCCUUUCUGGCCUCGAUUUCUUAGUAGAUGGCCUUCUUGGCUGCUUGAACUUUUCCUUGAUUGAUCUUAAGACCUGACUUCGCUGAAAUGCCAGCGCCGCGCUCCAAGAGAUACGAAUCAGAGUACAUUUCACAUUACAAACAGUUUGAGUCCAGACGUCCAAACACAGUAAAGGGGGAAGUCACUAGAUCCUUAAGUUACAAUGGCGUUCAUAGUAAUGGAUCUACUCCAAGGGCAGGAUUGCUUUCAACUCAACUGGGUUCAACUCUUGAACCACCACUACAAAGGAAGAGAAUUGUACCAUAUGAAAAGAACCACAACAUUUUCACAACUCUAACUGUAAAAGAACAGCAUGAUAGAGACUGGUUGAAAUCUGAUGAAAAUUCUCACAGGUCUCGCUCACCAAACAGACAGUAUAAAGAGGAAAAAAGCACAAAGGCCACACGAGACUCAGUGCUACACAGAAGUGAGACACCAAUCCUUGCAGCAGAGAGAAAGAUAUUUAAAGAGCAACGUGAAAAUAGAAAGCAACCUGUUUACGUGCCAGAUAGAAUAAACAGGAAAAGUACCUACAAGAAGGAUUUUGUCGACUACAAGAAACAGUCUAAGAACCCACAGAAGAGCAAACCCAAGAGACAGCAAAGCCCACAUAAAAUAGUUGGUGGAAAGAAAGAAGGAGUCAGUCCAGACCGCCUUCCUCCUGCAGGCAUUCGCCGUGCAACAAGUAUUGGGGACACAAGACUUCUUAAACCGUCGGAUGACUCACAGUACCUAAGAUCGCCAGAACGCGAACAAAAGCGCUCCGAAUCUCAACGCUCUCUUUCUCCAGUCGAGGAAAGGAGCAGAGAUCGAAGAAGACAACCCCCAUCCCGAACAAGAAGCGAAUCACCUCCGAGACGACGCGAAGCUUGGACCGAAGACCGUUCGCGCUCUCCGAGAGAAUCCGGGGACAGGCGAGCAGGUUCGGGGACAGAGGCGACUUCCGAUGAUGAAGACAUGGUUCUUGAGCGGGGCAGAUCGCCGACCCCAGAGCUUCGUGACGCGAGACACUCCCGACGGCAUCACCUCGAUGUGACAACUAAUCUCUUGAACGAUAGCUUUGAGAAGUCCCUGUCGCUUUCCAAGAAAAAGAAACCCUCUCCUUCGCGGACAUACAGCAAAGCCGGCCAUAACGAGCAUGGUGCUCCUCCGAGAGAAGAAAGGGACUUUCGUCCGUCUAGUCCAGCCUCGAGUGUGGGUUUAGGGGAUGAUGCACGGUCGUAUACACCUCCCCGUCGGGCGAUUCCUCGCAAGGUAGAAAUCUCCCCUCCAGACCGCCCUCGUGUCAGCCCACCUGCUAGCGUGGGGGGUAGUGAAGGGGGACGAGAUGAUGACGUGUUGUCGGUGUCCGCCAUGUCAAGUCGAGCGUCAACUGCGUCCGAGACGCUUGAACGCGCGAGAAAACGGAGAGACGAAUUUUGGAAACGAGAGAACGCUUCUAAAUAGGACUGAAAAAUAGAAGUACCUACUCUAGCUUUGUAAAUAAUCCUGUGUCAUCCUCUGUCAAAUUAGAUAUUUUAUUUAGAAGUAGUUUGUAAGAUUUUUAACAGUUUUGUUUUCUGUUUGCGUACAAUACGGGUGAAAAUUCAAAUCAUUUUAAUCUAACCUCGAGUCGGAAACGUUUUUUCUAAAAAAAAGAUAAAAAAUAACAAUUAAGUCUUACUUUUUACUUUCCCGUUUUAAGACAUUGUUUGUAAAAUUUAUAUGUUUUUAUUGUGAAUGCAAAUAAUUUUUUAGACGAUAAAACAUUUUUGUAACUUUUAUUGUGACUUCUAAAGUAAAAAUAAGACGAUACCAAACAGCUGCCUGUAAACACAAGAGCGUGAAGUGUGCAGUGUUUUCCACCACUGUGUUAAUUGUGUUGUAAGAUUAAUGAGACUAACGAGGAUUAAAGCAAAGGGUUGUUUCAUGAA